AUGACAAUAUCAAUAUCGCAACCACAUCGUUCACCUGCACUGCAGACUGGUCUAUCACCACCAAAUUCCUCACAUAAGUCGCAAGUUCGAAAAAAAGUCUGGGAAGAACUUCGUCAUGUAGCUAUUCCCGAUUCUCGGUUCGACCACGAUUACUCCUCAUUCAUUUGCGAUUUCGUUGGGUCAAACGACGCUGGUCGUCAGUUGAUCGGUUUACCAUGCUAUACAUCCGCGGAAACUAUCUUUAUAGCUCCUGAUAAUUGUCUUCAAGAGUUGCGAUAUCAAGCUUUAAAAGAUAAGAAAACUGUUAUAUGUACGACGUAUGGGAUUAAGAGGGGAUUCUUUGUUUUGAAUCCACAAGAGAUAACUGAACGAAAGUGGGAGAUUGCCAGUUUUUUGGAUGGAAUGGAAAUAUAUGGACGAUAUGUCACCUUGACCGAACUUCGAAGUGAGGGUUUAAAAAUUCCAUUGAUGGUUACAGGUACUGGAGCAAUAAACUACAAAGGUCUUCGAUUUGGGAAGGGUCAUGGGUUCUUCGAUUUAGAAUGGGGAAUGCUCUACUCCAUUGGCACUGUGAAUAAAGAUACGAAGACAAUAGCCUUGGUUCAUGAGUGUCAGGUACUGGACGAAGAAUUCAAAGGGGAACAGUGGGACACGGGAUGCGACUUUAUUAUAACAAACGAAAGAAUCAUUACGAUCUCUGGAGCGGCAAAACCAGGAUAUGGAAUCAUAUGGGACAGAUUGGAAAAGGGAAUGAUGGACGAUAUUGAAUCUUUGAGGGAGUUGAAGAAUAUUAUCUCUCCGCCGGAAUUGAAAUCUCCACAGGAGCAAAUGGAUUUUUCGGAAGAAGCACGGUUGUAUAUGGAUUACGCAAAUUUUGACUAUUAG